AAUAUUUGCUCUGGCGGUGAGUUAAGCUGCAUCGGCGUGUGUUGAUGUGUCUUGGCCGUUGUUAAAUUCGUGGUGAGGGAUUUUAGUGGGCCAUGGAGCACGAACAGACGAAGACUAAUGUGAAAAACAAUGAGGUAGACGAGCAUCCAGUGAACAGUAAAAAUGUGCCAGCCCAGAUGCCCUCAGCGUUUGCUGGAUUUUCACCAGAAUCAGAGUCCUCGGAAAUCCUCGCUGAUGUUAGUGCACAGUUUUUCCGCGAUGGAUCGCCACGACGGGACCAGCAAUGGCACAGCCCGGUUACCCCAACUGGGCAGCGUGGGCCAGUCUCCGUACACCAGCGCUCCUCCGCUUUCUCACACGCCCAACUCAGACUUCCAGCCGCCAUACUUUCCGCCACCCUACCAGCCCAUCUAUCCGCAGUCUCAGGACCCUUACUCUCACGUUAAUGACCCGUACUCCAUCAACUCUCUGCACGCCCAGCCUCAGCCACAGCACCCGGGCUGGCCCGGCCAGCGGCAAAGUCAGGAGAGCAGCCUGCUGCACCAGCACCGCGGGUUACCGCAUCAGCUGUGCAGAGAGUACCGCAGAGAAGUGCUACUUCCCUCGGGUCACGGCAUUGAGACUGGACUCACGGAUUCAAUCCCUAUCCAUGGAAUACAUCACUCUUUAGAAGAUGUUCAGCAUGUUGAAGAUCAAGGAAUUCACAUCCCAGACCAAACUGUAAUCAAGAAAGGUCCUGUUUCCAUAUCCAAGAACAACAGCAAUAUCUCUGCUAUACCGAUAAAUAAAGACGGGCUUUUUGGAGGUGUGGUAAACCCAAACGAAGUAUUCUGUUCGGUUCCGGGUCGUCUGUCUCUUCUUAGCUCAACGUCAAAGUACAAAGUCACAGUAGCGGAGGUGCAGAGACGUCUUUCUCCGCCUGAGUGCCUGAACGCUUCCCUGCUCGGUGGGGUCUUGAGGAGGGCCAAAUCUAAGAAUGGCGGAAGAUCUUUAAGAGAAAAGCUAGAUAAAAUCGGAUUAAAUCUACCAGCAGGGAGACGCAAAGCUGCCAAUGUUACUCUCUUGACGUCACUGGUGGAAGGUGAAGCGGUGCAUCUGGCCAGAGAUUUUGGUUAUGUAUGCGAGACUGAGUUUCCAGCCAAGGCGGUAGCUGAAUACGUCAACCGACAGCAUUCCGACCCAAACGAACAAGUCCAAAGAAAAAACAUGUUAUUGGCAACGAAACAAAUCUGCAAAGAGUUCACGGACCUGCUCUCGCAAGACCGCUCGCCCUUGGGGAAUUCACGUCCACAGCCCAUUCUUGAGCCCGGGAUUCAGAGCUGUUUGACCCACUUCAGUCUUAUUUCUCAUGGAUUCGGGACUCCGGCCAUGUGCGCGGCCCUCACGGCGCUGCAGAACUAUUUGACGGAGGCCAUUAAAGCCAUGGACAAAAUGUACCUGAACAACAAUCCUAAUAGCCACAAUGAGACGGGGUCGAAGGCGGGUGACAAAGACGAGAAGCACAGAAAGUGAUGUCCAGCCAACACAUCCCAAUUGAUGUAUGACAAAAUACAUAUAUAACAAACACUAGUGAUCAAGAUGAAACACUGAUCGCGCCACCUCCCGAUCUUGACAUUUUGAAACUUAAAAAAAAUAAAAAAUAAAUAAUACUAAUAAAACAGUUCACUUUGGGAUUCGUGGACAAAUCAUUUCUUUAAAUCAAAAUAAAGCAGUGUGCCAAUGAAAGGAGUAUAGAUCUGCCACAGCAGGACUUUUCAUGAACUCCCUUUGUAUGAGUUCAAUGGACUGAAAUUCAGCGAUUUUCCCUCAGUAUCCCCAUUUACGAUUGUAGCCAUGUGACAACAAGAAGCUGAAAGAGGAAGAUUUUUUUUAUCAGUAUUGUGAAUAAACUUGAAAGAAAAAAAUCUACAGCUCCACGCCAUGACUUCAAGAACUGACUUUUCACUCGACCAAGCGACCAACUUGAACUUUGAAUUUCAACACGAUUCACGGUUAUAUGAGGGAAUCUGUGUUCAUGUAUGUAUAUAUUUAUUUAUGUGUAAUUUAAUGGGAAUUGUAAAUAUGGUACGUCUGUUCAAAUUUCUUUCUUUUUUUUUUUUUUUAAUUUAUCUGGUGCCUCCUGUUUUAGUGGGUUUGAAUAUUCGCUUAGUUCUUCAUGUGGUUUUAUGGUUCUUAGAAAACAGAAGUUUGGGGUAUUCUUCUCUGGGAUAUUUCAAUUCAGCCCUCUUGUAGCAUGUUGAGGCGACACUGAAGCAAGUGAACAAAUUUAAAAGAAAUAAACAUCAGUUUCUCUAUAUAUUAUUCUUAUGCCAUUCAGUUUUAGAUCGAAAAAGGUCAUUGCAGAGACCCCGACGAUGCUAGUUUUGUGUUUCUAUCUUCUUGUUUUUAUACGAGCUUUUUAUGUGUUGUGCCAAUCACCUCUUGUUCUUCCCUCAAAGCACCACAAGAGCAAUAAAUGGAUAUUGUCUUACGAAUUCUUCUUAUUUUUUCUUCCUUCCUUCCUUCCUUCCUUUUUUAUUUUUUAUUUUUUUAUUUAUUAUUAUUAUUUUUUUAAUAAUAAAUUUAACAUUUGGGACUCUCUGAUAUCUUGCGUGUCCACUGUCUAAAUUGGAGGCGGUUUUAUCUGUAUUGUAUAAACCUGUGCUGGCAAUAGCUCCCAUGCCUGUCAAUGUAUUAUAGUUCUUUGUUGCCCAGAAAAAAAAAAAAAAUAAAUAUUUGAUACGCUUCA